AACACAUGUUUGCAACAAAAGUGUUGAGAGAUUGAAAUAUGACACCUUCUUGGCUAUUGGCUGAUCCUUCUUUGUCUUCUUCAUGAACUCAUUUUGAAUCACGACCCAGUUUAAUUCCUUUUGUAAACAAUUCUAACAUUCUCUGAAGUAGAAGAAAGUAGGUAUGAGAUUCUUGAGAAGCUUGUCGAAUCAAUGGGAGAACUAAUGGGAAGUAAUGGGUUGGUCUCCGAUUCAGAGAAAGCUUCUGAGACUAGAUUGGUUCAUGCACCCUAUGGUUCUGUUGUCCUUGGUGGAACCUUUGACCGUUUGCAUGAUGGUCAUCGAGCUCUUCUGAAGGCAGUGGCAGAGCAUGCCAAGGAUCGGGUGGUUGUGGGGAUUUGUGAUGGACCAAUGCUGAUCAAGAAAGAGUUGGCAGACAUGAUUGAGCCCAUCGAGAAGAGAAUGAAAGCCGUAGAGGAUUACAUCAAGUCCAUCAAACCAGGAUUGAAGGUGGAAAUGGAAGCUAUAAUGGAUCCUUAUGGCCCAUCAAUUGUUGAUGACAAAUUGGAUGCUAUUAUUGUCAGCAAAGAAACGUUGGUUGGAGGAAUAUCUGUUAACAAGCGAAGAGCUGAAAAGGGUCUGCCACAAUUGAAGAUUGAGGUAGUGGAUCUUUUGCCUGAAGAAAAGAGUGGUGAAAAGCUUAGUUCAACUGCAUUGAGGAAACUAGAGGCUGAGAAAUCCAAGUUGCAGAGGUGCACUGUCAGGGAGAAUCAAAUAACUUGAUGAUGUAUGUUGAA